AUGUGCGCCGGCGGCUCAGAAACUUCGAUGCAGGCCGGCCUGACGGUUGAAGAGCCGCCAGAGGCGCUUGCAGAGCUGUUCGUCGAUUCGCACUGCCACCCUACGGACGAUCCCGCGGCGUACACCGAAGCCAAUCUCGACGAGCUCUCGAGGCGGAUCCAAGAUUCUGCCGUCGGGAAGCUUGUCUGUAUGUCGACAAAUGCACGCGACCAGGACCUUGUCGCCGAGCUAGCUUCACGGCACCCCUCGAAGGUGAUCCCGUGCUUCGGCUGGCAUCCGUGGUUUGCGCAUCAGAUCUCCCUCUCUGAUCCUGCUCCAAGCAAGCGAAACCACUACUAUCAGCUGUUUGGCUUGAGCGACAGCCAGACCGACGACCGCAGCGAUCUCAAAAGCGAGCUUGACUCCAUGUGGGAUCAUCUACCGGAUCCGGUCUCGUUGAAGGACGUCUGCCAGGCAAUUGGAGAAAACUUCGAGCGCUUCCCAAAUGCGCUUCUGGGCGAGGUCGGCAUCGACCGUGCCUUUCGCAUACCGCGGAGAGCCUGGAACUACGAUCCACAGAAGACAGCCGAGGACACCGCAGAUCAACCAAGGUUGACGAGGCUCAAGACCCCGCAAGCCCAUCAGAUGUCGAUCCUGCGCGCCCAGAUCGAGGUCGCGCUGCGCUUCAAGCGCAACAUCUCGCUGCAUUCGGUCCAAGCAGCGGGCUUGACCGUCGACCUGCUCUCGUCCCUGCGCAACACCGAUCUAGCCUCGUUUGGCGCCAUCCGGCUAUCGCUGCACUCGUGCACCAUGGAUACCAACGUGGUCAAGUCGAUCACCAAGAAGCAUGCCAACGUCUACGUCGGCUUUUCGUCGACAAUCAACCGAAAGCAGAUCCUGCAGAAGGAGUGCCUGGCCGGUGUUGAUCGCACACGUGCCCUGAUGGAGAGCGAUCACCAUACGGUGAGACGCAUGCCUGCAUGCCUGCUGCAAGCGACUCGAUACUUCGCCGACUUGCACAGUCUCAGCCUAGAGGCGGCUGCGCAGCAGUUGCGCUCGAAUUGGAACGCAUUCUACUCGUCGACGUAUUGCCAGGACCAGGACUCAGAUACGGAUUGA